UCAAAGAUGUAGAGGUUACAUACAGCAACUACUUCCGGGAAAACUGACGUGAUUAUUUUUUUUACAGAUAAUUAAACAGAUUAAGUCACUUCUUGCUUCCAAAUCAGUCUGCACACAUAGCAGUAUGACUGUUUAGUAUGACCCAACACAACCGUCAUCAUGGAUGCAGAAAAUAAUAACAACAACAACAAUAACAACGCUCCUGGACAAGCCCGUAAUGCUGGACGCCGCGGGCCACAGAACCCGUUAUUGAAUGUGAGAGACAGGUUGUUCCAUGCCUUGUUCUACAGGAUUGCUCUCGCUUACGCCAGAGCUUUUCCUAAACCAGUAAGGAGAGUGAUAGAAUUUGCAAUCCUGAUAAAGGCUCUGGUUGUUCUAGGUAUCCUUGCUUACAUUCAUAUUGUAUUCUCGAGAUCCCCAAUCAACUGUCUGCAACAUGUACAGAAAGAAUGGCCACGAGAUGGUAUACUACGUGUGGAGAUUGUUCGAAACGUGUCUGAAAAUUACACAAUCUUAAACUCCUAUGAAAAAGAGUAUUCCGACUUCAGUGCUCAUUUUCUUGAAGGAUUGUUAAAUGAAAUGGAAGGUAAAAAACAGGAUGGUCGUGAUCUAUCACUUGACAUAGAUGAUGAAGAAUCCGAGGAUGUAAAUAUGAUAAAUAUGUCUGAGGUUGAUAGAGGCGGCGAUAAUAUAAGUUUAAAUCAGCUCAGACAUUCCAACAACAUCAGUACUAUGGAACAAGAUGGUAAGAAAGAUAAGGCAGUGGAUGAAAGUGUUAUUCAGUUGAAUCAGAGUGAUGGUAGUGGUGAUGAUGAAGACGAGGAUGAUGAUGAUAGAAAUGAUACCUCUAUUGAGAUAACAAAAGUGGACAGAGAAAACCUCGGCCCUUUUCGGGAAACAUUGUCAGAACUUGAGAUGCUGGCUAAAGUUGUAUGGCCUGAGGAGAAGUAUAUUGUGGAAUAUGCCCUGGAGUAUGGCUUUCUACGUCUUUCACCCAAAACCCGCCAACGGCUCAACAUAACUGUGAUGCUUGUUACACUUGAUCCGGAGAGGGAUGCCUGUUUCGGAGACGCAUUCAGCAGGUUUCUGCUAGAUGAGUUCCUGGGGUAUGAUGAUAUACUCAUGUCCAGUAUCAAGCAGCUGGCUGAACAAGAAGAUAAUAAAGGAUUUGCGCGUAAUAGAAUGACAGGUGAUCAGUAUCGUUUUGUCAGCGUUUGGAUGACCAGGAGCACUUACCUUGCAACAGCAUCUAUUAUUCUUAUGUUUACUGUGUCGGUGUCAACUUUACUGAGGUAUUCUCAUCAUCAGAUAUUUAUGUUUAUUGUUGACUUGCUGCAGAUGUUAGAAAUGAAUGUGACGAUAGCAUUCCCAGCAGCUCCAUUACUUACUGUGAUACUGGCGCUAGUUGGUAUGGAGGCUAUAAUGUCUGAAUUUUUCAAUGAUACAACAACAGCAUUCUAUAUCAUACUUAUUGUAUGGAUAGCUGAUCAAUAUGAUGCUAUAUGUUGUCAUCAGAACAUCAGUAAACGCCACUGGCUUAGGUUCUUCUAUUUGUACCAUUUUGCAUUUUAUGCGUACCACUAUCGCUUUAACGGACAGUACAGCGGGUUGGCUCUCUUCACGUCAUGGCUGUUUAUUCAGCAUUCGAUGGUGUAUUUUUUCCAUCAUUACGAACUCCCAGCAAUUUUGCAACAAGCCCGAGUCCAGCAGCUUCUCAAUCGUAAUGGAAAUGCUAAUAUCACAGUUACUGCAGGACAGUACAGAAGCACCCCAAACACUGGUAACAAUGCGCAGCAGACGACAACAGAAAAUGGCGGGAACGAGAAUACGACAAAUCCUCAACAACCCAAUAUUGCAAACGGUCAUAUAAUUACAGAUGCAAAUGAUGGGGAUGAUGGAGUUCGCCACAUUCUGCAAAAUAAUGUAGAUCAGGGCUUACUAAAUGAGAUUUUUGAGGGUGUUGAAGAUGUACAGGUUGGGGGGUUUAAUAUUGACCAACAGUUGUUACAAAAUUUAGAAGAGGAAAUUCAGGAGUUGCAGUUUAGUCAUAACCAGACAGUAUCAAAUACUGAAAACUUGCCUGAAGUAAAUGCAAGUCAAGAAAUGCCAGUUAAUUCAAGUAAUAGCCAUAGGAGUGAUUUGAUAACUAACCAGACUCAGUCAGAUAGUAAUGUUUUAAACCAAUCAGAAAACAGUGUUUCAGUUUCUGCAGACUUACAAUCUCCAGACUGUGAUACUGCUUGCAGUGCUGAAAGUGCCUGUUCAGAAACUAAAUCUGUGACACAGUCAGAAACAUGUGAUACUCAGUCUGAUUCAGGAAGACUAAAUUUAGAAAACAAACCAAGUGAAGGUGUACCUUUAAACAGUUCAGACAGUUCUCAAAGUGCAAUAGGUGAUGAAAACCAAACUGAUAACACUGGUGCUAAUUUAAGAUUCAGAGUGAAUGCAAGUGGUGCCACUGGCUUGCCACCAAAGGCAGGUGACCAUGGGACAGAGGUUUGAUACUAUGCAAGCCAAAAAAUAUAAUCUUCUCUUUUUACUUGGGCAUUUAGAAAUUAAAGUUCAAAGUGUGAGGGAAAAUACAUUUAGAUGUGUAGACAAAAAUCAAUUAAUUAGAUGAAUGAAAGUUUUAAGUAUAUUAUGGUUUGGUUUUGCCUGCCAUUGAUUGUCUUUCAUUUGUUUGUUGUGAUCAUGAAACAAUUACAGACAAACCUGUGCUGAAGACCACUGUAGAAACAAUACGGCUUUAGCCUGCUAAAUUUCUAAAAUGGACUGGUCCAUCAUUCAAUUUGGGCAGUACCAUUUAUUAUUCAAAGGGUUCACUGAAAAUUCACUGACAAAAUAGCAAACAGUGCUGCAGAUCAUGAUCAGCCAUUGAUCUUGGUCUGCACUGGUCACAAAGGUAGAAUCACUUACCGGCAGCAGGCUAAAGGUUAAGGUCACAAGUUUCAUUUACAGGUUAAACAUUUGCAGUGUAUAUUCAUCUGUGAAUAAAGACUGCAUACACAUAAAGGCUACCCUUUUGUAUUUGCAGAAAUGGUCUGUAUAUACAGGUUUGACUGUUCAUUGAAUUUUCCAUACAUAUUUAACACAGUUAUUUAGCGUUUUGCUUAAUAAUUCUUAAAGUUUAGUGAUGCACUGCUUUUUCUUUUGUAGGAGUUAGCGAAAUGUUUUUUCUUUAAAUCAGUAGUUGCUGUUUCAAGGCUUUGAAAUAUUUUGCAAAUUUUGUCCUGUUAGUUAGUUUACAUAGCAGUAAUUUCAAAAUUUUUGGUUUUUGUAAAUUUUGUAAUAUCAAUAAAAAAAUGCACUGAUUGCCCCGCUAAGGUCGUUUAUGUUGCGUAUUUCAUUCCUAUUUGGCAGUUUAACUUUCAUCAUUCCACUUUCUAGCUCACCUAAACCGAAGGUUCAGGGUGAGCUUUUAGUAUAUGGUGGAUGGUCCGUCGUCCAAAUUUUUACUUAAACAUCUUCUCCUCUGAAACUACUGGUCAGAAUAACACCAAAUUUGGUCUGUAGCAUCCUGGCGCGGUCCUGUAUCAAGUUUGUUCAAAUGGGGGCAUUUGGCCCCUUUUAGGGGCCGCUAGAGCUAAAAAAUAGAAAAACUUUGAACAACUUCUUCUCAUGAAACUCUUGAUGGAUCUUCAUCCAACUUGGUCUGUAGGAUCAUUAUAAGGUCCUCUUUUAAUUUUGUUCAAAUGGGGGCACUUGGCCCCGUGUAGAGCUAAAUAUAGAAAAAACCUUUAAACGACUUCUUCUCAUGAACUGCUUGAUGGAUCUUCAUCAAACUUGGUCUGUAGCAUUGUUAUAUGGUCCUCUCCCAAAUUUGUUCAAAUGGGGGCACUUGACCCUUUUAGGGGCCGCUAUAGCUAAAAAUAGAAAAAAACUUUAAACAACUUCUUCUCAUGAACCGCUAAAUGGAUCUUGAUCAAAUUUGGUCUGUAGCAUCAUUAUAAGGUCCUCUCACAAGUUUGUUCAAAUGGGGGCACUUAGCCCCUUUAAGGGGCCGCUAGAGCUAAAAAUAGAAAUACAUUUAAACAACUUCUCAUGAACCGCUUGAUUGAUCUUCAUCAAACGUGGUCUGUAGCAUCAUUAUAUGGUCCUCUCCAAAAUUUGUUUGAAUGUGGGCAUUUGGCCCCUUUUAGGGGCCGCUAGAGCUAAAAAUAGAAAUACUUUUAAACGUCUUCUCCUCAUGAACAAUUUGAUGGAUUUUCAUCAAACUUGGUCUGUAGCAUCAUUAAGGUCCUUUCUCAAGUUUGUUCAAAUGGGGGGCACUUGGCCUCUUUUAGGGGCUGUUAGGUCUAAAAACAGAAAUACUUUGAAACGACUUUUUCUCAUGAACUGCUUGAUAGAUCUUCAUCAAACCUGGUCUGAAGCAUCAUUAUAUGGUCCUCUCCCAAGUUUGUUCCAAUGGGGGCACUUGGCACCUUUAAGGGGCUGCUGAGCUAAAAAUAGAAAUACCUUUUUAACAACUUCUUAUCAUGAACUGCUUGAUGGAUCUUCAUCAAACUUGGUAUGUAGCAUAAUAGCCCAUUUCACUACGGUUUUUAACGAGAAUCCACGGAAAUCGGCGAUCAUGAUCCGAACAUCAAAUCGUCUGACCAAUCAAAUGCUGGAGGAUACAUGUACAAAAUACGCUUUAAAUAGUAACAUAAAUCAUAAACAACGGCGCGUAUUUACUUUUUAAAGUAUGGAUUUUAUUGUAAAAACGUCAACUGAAACUACUUCAUUAUUUAUACUAUCACUCAGUACGUUUAACCAGAGAGUGGUAAUGUGAAAAAAGGACAACAGUCCAGCAGGAAAAACUUCACAACUAACUUUUCUUUGUCUUGGAACUUGACCUACAUACGCUAUGAUACCAAUAUACAUGUAUACUUUACUCGGACAUGUCCGUUCGUGUAGUGCUCGAAAGAAACUUUUCUGAUUGAGCGAAAAUCGGAAUGCGUAUAGAGGAAAUAAGUAAAAAUAGUAGAAAUAUUGAAUUUUCUGAAAUUCUGUGGCAGUUUUCCAAUAGAAUAAGCGUCUUUUAAUUCAAUAAAAGGACGCUCGUCUGCUGCUGAAGCACUCGCCAUUACAAAUCAGUCAUGUACAAUUAAGAACCAGUAUUUCAUUGGUCAAGUCGAUCAGAUGAUAAGCCUCCACGUGAUUUGAUUUUACGAAAAUUUCCGAUAAAUUCUGAAGUUCCUGUGAAAUGGGCUAUUGUAUGGUCCACUCCCAAGUUUGUUCAAAUGAGGGCACUUGACCCCUUUUAGGGGCCACUAGAGCUAAAAAUAGAAAUACUAAGCUUUUUAAUUUAAAAUUCUAUUUAAAAAAAAAAAAAAAUUCUUUUUUAAAUUUAAUACUUUGUCACAAGCAAGAUCUAAUUAGGUCAAAGUUGGUCUCAGGUGAGUGACUUUUAGGCCUUGGGCCUCUUGUUUCAUGUAGGGUUUCAUUUUGUAUUAUUAUUUAUUAUUUAGAAAGUGAUUAAGUAUAAAUGUAGAUUUACUUCUAAAAUCUCAUUGAGAUACAUGUUUAAACUUCAAUUUACGUUCAUAAUUUCAUUUUAAAACUUUUUAUAUGCAUAUAUGCAUAAGUCCUUUUGAACCAUUUUUGUGUGUUUUUGUAAGUGAUCAUUUUAAUAUCGUUUUAGGUAGAUAAAUUUCAGAAAGUUCAGCCCCAUUUUAGGAUAUGGAUAUAUACUCUUGACUUAACCCCUCCUGAUUUGUUGAACAAGUUUGUUUGAACAACAUUUCUUUUGUUUCAAUUCUCUGAAUUACUGUACAAUUUUGUCACAUUAACUUUAAUUACAGUGUUAACACGCUAAAAUUUGAUACAAUCAAUAUAAAGACAUCACAGUUGGCAAUCUUAUCAUUUAUUUUUACGUACUGUAACAUAAGUGAUUAACCAGACUUUAAAAUAUUAUCUUUUGUUAUGUCUAUAUUAUGCAUUAUUACAGAAGUAUUUUCAGUCUCUAUGCAGUAGGACUUAAGACCGGUCAAUAUUUUUCCAUAUUGACAUCCAGAUUUCAUAUCAGAUGUGUGGCCUCAUUUUAAUGUGUAACAUCAUGUUAAAAUAUUAAGAAAUGGUGAUAUUCUUCUGUUUGUCAUAGACUAAAGAACAAUUUAUAUAAUGUUGAUAAGAGUAGGGAGGUAUGUUAAUGAAAAUAUUAUACCCGGAGAUACAAAAUAUAUGGGGACUAUAUUGGAGUCAUGCUUGUACACCUGUCUAUCAGACCGUAAUUAUUGUAUGAUCCAUAUUUUCUAAACUGCAGGGGAAUGUGAGGAAGCCAUCCAGUUGGCUUACGGAAGGUCGGUGGUUCUACCCAGGUACCCGCUCGUGAUGAAAUAAUGCACGGAGGGGCACCUGGGGUCUUCCUCCACCAUUAAAGCUGGAAAGUCGCCAUAAUGACCUAUCAUGUGUCGGUGUGACGUUAAAUCCAAAAAUAAACUGCAGGGGAAUUUUUUCAUAAAACAGGCAUCAGUUAUUUACCUCAUCGAAACAAUGUGCAGAGGUCACAACCCAAGUCACUAGGUUCAAGGUCAAGGUCACAUAUGAAAGCCAAAGUUCAAGUAUUUUCUCUGCAGAGCUUGCACAUAAUUCUCAAUUCAAAGCUAAUUAUCUUUCAACUUUAUAUCUGUACUUAUAAAGUUAUGGAAUUGUAGCAUUGCACAGUUUCAUUUUAUAAAAUAUUUCUACCUAAAAUGUGUUUCCUUCGAUAAAACGUAUGUACUACAGGGAUUGUAUUCCAGUUCCUAUGAACAAUACUGACAUUAAAGUGGAGCAUUUUCUGGGGACUAAACACUAUUUGGGACAAAAACACUUGUUCUAAUGUCAUCGUAUGAGAUACGGUCAUUAUAUCAGACAAUGUCAAUGGAAAGUGCGUUGCACCAUUUUUAUGUUUGUGUAUCUAACAACAGUUACUACCAUUAGUGUAUUGAUAAUUUUGGACAUUUACAACUUCAUUGGAUUGUCAGUUGACCACCUAUUUUCAUGAUGUCACAUAUUGUUAGUUUACAUAAAUAUGUGGCCCUUUUUGAGCAUGAUUUGUUGGCUAUAAGGACUUAUUUCCAUUUCCUUUCAUUGAGUAAAAUAGUUCAGAUAUGUUAUAGAUGUUAUGUCAUAGAUCGUUUUCAUUAGAAAAUGUGAUUAUCUCUUUAAUUUGUGUAUGUAAGUGCUGUUGCACUAAGAACCAUGUAUUUAUAGAUCAUUUUUAAUGUUUUCUUUUAUUUAGUUUUUGUUGUAUUUAUAAAUCAUGCCAUAAUCAGAAGGAGAAAAGUUACAAAAAAAAUUAUAUUACUAAAAUGUUUAGAAAUUUUGAAAUUCAUCUAUAAUUAUGUAAGAUCAAAUUCCUUUCACCAACCCCUGCAAGAAUAACUGAUUACAUUCAGAGUUUUUGCAAAAAUACUUCAAAGCAAUCAAAAAUGUGAAAUUUUAUUGUGGAAAGAAAUCCUUAUAGAGAUUACUGAUUUCACAGUACAGGGGCACAGUGAUACCAUUUUCGGGGUUUUGUCAAUAAAGUUUACUGGGGUGGGGGGAUGGGGAAUAACUUUGUUUGAGGCAGGAAACGAAGUAUUUUGAAUCCCCAGUAAAACUUUAAGCAUCUGAUUCUUUCUUGGUGUAAGUGCUGCUUACUUGUGUUGUCUAUCUGUAUACUUGAUUUAUGCUACUGAACUUCGUAUAAAUUUAUUAUUGUUUAAAGACUACAGUAAAAUAUGUCAAGAGAUUAUAUUAAAUAAAAUUUAACUCGCUGUAAAAUCGG